ACCCGCAGCCUCAGUGACACAGGCUGACAACACACCGAAGAUCCUGGGUCUUUCGACAGCCCCUCGGACAGAUAUUUUUGUGUAACAUGAUUCCUGGGCUAUCAGGACAGUUCUGGUGCUUACCAGGCAUGGCGGGGUGGCGUCACAGCUGCUAGCCCCCACCUCCCUGUCAGACAGAAGCCACCGCAAACUUUACACAGGACCUUAUUCGCAUGGGUUGUGAAGAACCUCGGUGGUUGGGCUUUUUUUGUUUCGUUUUUUCAGUUGUUUAAUUUAUUUAUGAACCAUUACAGCAAAGUGUAACUGAGGUCAGAAGAUCUUUCCCCGAAAGAGAACUGUUCUUUGAAGAUAUAUUUAUAGUUUUGAGUGUAAAAAAACCCCCAACAACUUAAAAAUGGAUAGGAAACUAAAUCUUAACCGAGCAGAGACGUUCUCCUUCAUCAACCCUUGGAUAAGAUACUUUCUGUUCUUCUUCAGCUUCUUAUUCUGGGUCUUUUCCUUGCUGAUUGUUGCAAUAGGGUUAUAUGCAAAAGUUCAAAAAGCAACAGACACAGUCAGAGACACGUUCCUAAUUGAUCCAGCGGUCAUCCUGAUUGUGGUGGGAGUGGUCAUGUUCUUUAUAACAUUCUGCGGCUGCAUUGGGGCCCUACGGGAGAACAUACGCCUUCUGAAGACAUUUUCCUUCAGUCUGACGCUGGUAUUCCUCACUCAGCUGGCCAUUGCUAUUCUGGGCUUCUUCUACUCAGACCAGACCCGAGACACCCUGGGGAAGUUUGUGAAAAAAGCCAUUGUGCACUACAGAGAUGACCUGGAUCUGCAGAACCUCAUGGACUACAUUCAGAAAGAGUUCAAGUGUUGCGGGUGGAAUAACUACAUCGACUGGUCGUGGAACCUGUACUUCAACUGCACCCAGGAGAACCCUAGCUCUGAACGCUGUUCUGUCCCUUACUCCUGCUGCAUCCCCAUACCAGGAGAGGUUGUGGUCAACACCAUGUGUGGAUUUGGGGUCCAAAGUCAGAACUCUCUUGAAGCCACCAAGUCCAUCUACCCGAUGGGCUGUGUGGACAGGGCGGUGAUAUGGAUUGAGUCCCAUCUGCUGUUGGUUGGGGCCUUGGCUCUGGGUCUGGCCCUGCCUCAGAUUGCAGGCAUUGUGCUCUCUCAGAUCCUCAUCUCCCAGAUUCAGGACGAGAUCAGCUCCGUUUUGUGAGAAGAAAAGAGUGAGUGUGGCCCAACCAACACAGAGGAGAAAACAGAAUGACCCGGCAGGAACAGAGAACAACAGAGUGUGAAACAAAUACUGGCUACAGGAGGAGAGCCAGUCAGUCUAUAGACAGGACACUAUAUACAGACUGGGAGUGUUGGGUUCACUGGUGUGCUGUACACUCUGUGUGGAAGUGUUCCAUCUGCGACCUCUCGCAGCCCAGUGGUGUAAGCCGUUGCCUCCAGAGCACAUGUACUGCUGUAGCGUGGGUUUGAAUCCAGCCCUAGUGCUCUUUCAGUAAAGUGCCCAGCGCUCUCUUUUCUCAAACUGACACUACUGUCUCUGUCAUGUAAAGCAUAAACAUGCCCU